CCCCGUAGCGAAGUGAUGGAGGCCGGCCCCAGCUUUCGCAGCAGGGAGCUCCAGGCCAAGAAUUAUUUGAAAAAACAUCGGAUUAUGGAGUUGCUGAACUAUCUCACCAGCUCCCUGCUCUUUUUCCAGCCCAAUAAACCAAGAGAGUAUUUAGUAUCUCUGUUGGAACGACUGAGAAUUGCGAAAAUAACAGGUGUGGCUUUUCCUGUCUUCAUGAAUCACUCUAAUAUUGUGGCUAUGUUUGAGAUGAUGGACACCUCGAAAAAAGGCACCAUAUCGUUUGUGCAGUACAGAGAAGCCCUAAAUACCCUGGGUCUGUGUACUGCAGAUGAAGUUUUAAAAGAUGAUGGGCAUGGAAUAACUUUGGAUAAAUUCAGGAAUGAAGUGAACAGAAGGUCUAAGGAAGUAUGGUCAACAUUUUGAUAACCUAUAAGUCAAAGAUAAUAAAUGAUUCUGUCAAGUUUUCAGUUAUCCAGUUUCAUUAAUUUGGAACUUCAUCAUAUAACUUAAUUCAAUUGGCUUCCUCUUGUUCAAAAAAGGAAAACAAAACAAAA